AUGUCUGCCAGCGAACAGAACAUCAUUCACUCUCCCCCAGACGAGACUAUUGUACGCUACCGCACUCCUCAUACGCCCUCCGUCCCUUCCGCUCCGGCUCCCAUCGUCAACACCGGCACCACCGCCAAUCCAAAUGCCCUCGGCCUGCAUAUCUAUGCAACACCCUCUCCCUCCUCUUCUCCUCCCCCCAGUAGUCCACAGCCUCAAUUUGAGAAUACCAGCGACAGGGGCAAGACCAAGGCUAGAUCCUCCGCUCACAGUAUAAAGACGGACAACCCCAAGGCAGGCAGUAGGGAGGAUUGGGCUUUGGCGGUAGCGAAGAGAGAGAGGAAGCCCGCCGAGGGUCCCACGCACAGUGAUCUAUCUUGUGAGCGAUGCAGACAGCAGGGACAAACGAAGUGCGACCGCAACGAUUCCAACAUUUGUACUGGCUGCCUCGUAGCCGGCGUUGAGUGUCUUUACCACGCCCCGGUGGGGAAGCGAGGGUCAAAUAUGACUCCCACCAGGGCGCUCCUUGUCCAGGGGCGUCCCAGCAUGAGAAGAUUUUUUACCGGCACCCCUUCCACCCGGUCCCUUGCUCCAUCUUCAACCACGUCUUCCUUGACUUCCAUUAUCGCCCCCGCUGCCACUAAGGCCAAGGGGAUCCCCUCUGUCGAGCCUAUGGUCCAGCCUACCACAGCCAGUGCUUCCAGGCCUGAGAAUCGCUCGCCCGCUCGCAUCACCAUAGUGAACAAGGCCAAGGCGAGCGACGGAAAGGAUCCGGCCUCGAAGAAGCAUGCGCGAGAUCACACUGCGGGUUACACGCAAAACAGUAUCUCUUGUGAGCGUUGCAUACAAAGACGAAUGAGAUGCGUUCGCGACGACUUCAACAGCUGCGUCAACUGCCUCAAGGCCCAAGCCGAGUGUCAAUAUGAAAUCACGUCGGAGGGCAAGCAAUGGUCGAAGCAGGCUUCUAGGGAACUUUUUGCUAUGGAGCGUCUCAGCAUCGGCGCCCCGCCCUCCCCGUCCUUUGCCCCGUCUUCCACCAACAUGUCUUCGUUGACGUCUAUCACCUCCACUGCCACCCCGACUACGCAGAAGCCUUCCGUCGAGCCUACUCGCACGAUCGACUUUACGGGCAAUCCCACCGCUAGUACUCCGAAGUCCAAUGAUCAUCAGUCUUCCGCUCCCCUCAUCGAGACAAAUAGCACCAAAGCGAGCGGCGGAGAGAACACAGCUUCGCCGGAGAAGAAAGGGAGGAAGAAGCACGCCCCAGGUCAAACCCGCCAUUUUCUAUCUUGUGAGCGCUGCAGACAGAGACGUAAACAAUGCGAACACGACGGCUUCAACAAAUGUAAUCGCUGCCUCUUGGCCGGCGCCGAGUGCCUCUACCAUGUCCCGACAGGCAAGCGAGGGUCGCAGAAGGCUUUCACUAGGGAGCGCCAUGCUAUGGGGCGUCUCAGCAUGGGCGAUAUUAUCGUCGGUAUCCCACCCACCCCGGCUGUUGCCUCUUCAUCCAGAAUGUCUUCAUUGACUCCUACCGUCCCCACCACUCCGACCAAGAAUCCGUCCGGCGUCAGGCUUACCAUCGAGUCUACCGUCAAGCCUACUACGGUCAAGCCUACUACCGUCCGGCCUGCCGUAGAGCCUGCCGUCAUUUCUACCGUUCAGUCUACCGUCGAGCCUGCGGUCCAGCCUAUUGUAGAGCCUGACGUCACACCGACCAUUGAGCCUUCUGACGAGCCCUAUGUCGAGCCUUCUGUCGGACCGGACCCAGACGUCAAGCCCACCAUCAAGGUUGAGGUCGAGUCUCCUGUCGAGCCUAGCCCUGAUCCCGCUGUCGCACCCGCCGCUGCCCCCUUCCCCGGAGACGUCUCCGCUGAGUUCCCUCCCUCUUUCACCACUCCCAACAUCUUCGCGGUCUUUACUCUGCCUUCUUGGUUCGAGACUCACACUAUGUCGCCUCCGGCUUUUGGUGCCGCAGGUCAUGUCCGUGACGAGUGGGAAUACAAUAAGCUCAAGAUCAUGGACGGGGACAUGAGCCACAUAUUCUCUUACCCGCCCGUGAAGCCGCCUCUGAAGUCCGCCUUCGAGCCCCCUGUCCACUUCUUGGCCGGCCUCGAGCCCAGCUUCUGUCUCAACGACAUCUCGGCGCCUUCCACCCCUGCUUCUUUGGAUGCGUCUCAGGCUCCGCUCCCUGCCUUCGAGGCCCAAGGUCUCUAUGGGAGUGAGAGGGUUUAUUACUGCAAGAUUUUGGGCUUUGACAUGGAUGAGAUCUUCUCCACACCCCUCGCCGCUCCCGAAGACAAGGCUCCUGUCACGUCUGUCACUCCCCUCGUCACCCCGGUAAAGCCCACCCUGAGAUACUCUGCCAGCGAGCCCGCUUUAUCCACCCUGCCCAGCCUCUUCUUCAACCACAACUCCUUGGUGCCGCGGACCCCACCUUCGCUGUCCCUGCCUCGAACAAUGCCGCUUCCUGAAGUUGAGGGCGAUGUCGUUGCUGAGGGCGAGCACGUCGACAGGGACACGCAGAGCAUGGAGAUGGAAAUGAGCGACGUGGACUCUACCUUUCCUCCGACUUCUUCAUUCAACAUCUUUGACUAUUUCACCCCGGUCGUUGAUGAGGCGGCGGAAGGCGUUAUGAAGGUCGAGUAG